AUGGAUUUCUCAGAUAGUUUUCGUCUUGUCAACCUCGCCGUGGCCACUUUGAUGGUCCUUGGUGGUAUUUCGCAGUUCUUCCCCCUUACCUUUCAAUCCACCAUCAUUGGCAUUUACGUGAUUGUUUUCGGCUUGGCAACUGCCCUGCUUGAGUAUCAAGUCCCGCCACAGGUGUCUCGCUAUGCUUCCUUCCUCUUCUCCUUCAUUGGUCGCGGCUUCUUUUACAUUUUUGUUGGCACUAUUUUGCUCCAUGAUCACACACUGAGGAUCAUUGCUGGCUCCAUCAUCGGCCUGAUCGGCCUUGGCUACGUCGCCCUCGAAUUCAUCCCCUCCAUUGAGCCUCCGGCGAACAUGAGGGAGGCUGACGCUGGCUGGGGUGCUGAGGAGGUCUGA